AUGGCGACAGGCCCCACAGCCAUGGCGACAGAGGCUCACGAAAAUCGCGGCCCCAUGGUCCUCGCGGCCACGUCGGUGCUCGUCUUCCUCGCGGCCGUCUUCGGGCUAGCCCGGUUCUACGCCCGCACGUGGAUCCGCAGGCAGGUGUACCUAGACGACCUCUUUGUCGUCGUCUCGGUCGUGCUGCUGCUGUACAGCGAGGUUUGCAUCUACAUGGCCGUGUCCAACGGCCAGGGCCGCCACGUCGACACCCUGACGGUCCAGCAGCAGGAGCGCGUCAUCUUCUGGCACAUGCUCACCGUCCCCGCCGUCCUCCCCGCCCUCGGCAUCCCCAAGCUGGUCGUCGCCACCAUUCUGGUCAGGAUCCUGGUGCCGGGGCCGAAGGCCCGGGCGGUCGCAUGGGGCCCAGCCAUCAUGUCGACCCUCGCCUUUAUCGCCAUCGUAUUUGUCGUCUUUUUCCAGUGCCUGCCGGUCCGGGCGCAGGGGACUUUUCCGUCCAGGACAAGAACCUUUUCCGCCUUUGUGGAUCUUUACCUUGCCGUCUGGCCGGCAGUGAUUUUCUACUCAAUGCAGAUGAGCCGGAUCAAGACGGUAGGCCUGAGCAUUGCCAUGGGCAUUGGAGCCAUCGCGGCCGGGAUUGCGGCAUACAAGUGCAGCAACUUUAGCGGGCUCGCAGAUCCCGACUUUUCCUGCAAAGCGCCGAGCAUCGCUGACUGGAGCAGCGCCGAGGCAUCGGCAAUCGUCACCGCCGCCAGCAUCCCGAUGCUCGCCCCGCUCUACCGGUCCAUCGAGAUGUCGUACAAAAGGGCCAAACGGCGCGUGUGUGGCACGCCGAUGGAGCUGCGGCCCGAGCCCAGGCCCGAGAACGCUUGGGACUUUCCGACGCGCGAAAGGAUGCAGCCGCGGGACGACGCCGAGCUGGGGCGGUCGAGCCUCGCCACGUCGCAGGCCGAAAGCUGGGAUCCGCGGCACCUGUACUCGCACGCGCGCGAGAGCGGCAAGCACGGCGCGGGGGAGGGCAGGGCUUCGCACAGCACGCGAGAGAGCAGGAGCGGCACCCACAGCACGCGCUACAGCACGCGGCCCACACGGGCGAUCACAGGGGUAGGGCCGGAGCCGGAGCCGGGCUGGGCUGAGAGUUGGAGAGAUGAGGACCAGGGAAACGCCGUUACAGGCGGCCGUAGGGUGAUCAGUACCUAG